AGAUCACCUCGUAGGAAGCAAGACUUGAAGGGAUCAUGCCGUGCGUGCAGAGCCAGUGCGGCUCGUCCCCGCAGGGCGCCAGCCCCGCGUCCCAGGGCGCCGCGGCGGAGCGCAGCUGCGACUUCCUCACCCCGGAGUUCGUCAAGUUCAGCAUGGACCUCACCAACACUGAAGUCUCCGGCGGCUCCUCCGGCCCCGGGUUCGGCCCGGUGGUGGACCCAUACAGCCCCGUGUACGACGUGAAGCCCCCGUGUCUGUUCCAGAUGCCGGUGCAGGGGGAGCCGCCGUGCGUCAAGGCGGAGGAUGCGCCCGGCUGUCCGCGCUACCAGCCGCCCCAGGAGGAGCUCCUCUCCCCGGCCAGCUCCGUCUACUUCUACCGCUCCCCCUCCCCGCACACGGCCAUCAACUUCCAGCCUCCACACGUGUGGGAGGACUCGGGCUCUCUCUAUUUCCGACAGGACUACAGGAAAGCCCCUCUGUCCAGAUUGUCCCUGUUCUCCCUGAAGCAGAACCAGGGCGGGCUGUCUGCCUGCCAGGUGAACGGUUCCCUGCGCGUCUCCAUGAACCUGGACGCGGCGGGGGCGCACCGCGCCGGGGACGGAUCCUCGGGGCUCCUGGGCUCCUCCUCGGGGCUCCAGGGCAAACAGCCCGGCCUGGGGUUUCCUCACCCGCUCCAGUUCGCACACUUUCUGGAUUACCAGAGUUGUUCUGGCGCCGGCAGAGCGCUGGUGGCCGAGGGUUUGUGCGCGGUGUGCGGGGACAACGCGGCCUGCCAGCACUACGGGGUGCGCACCUGCGAGGGCUGCAAGGGCUUCUUCAAGCGUACAGUUCAAAAAAAUGCAAAGUACGUGUGUUUGGCUGCCAAGAGCUGCCCUGUAGACAAGCGCAGGAGGAACCGGUGUCAGUACUGUCGCUUCCAGAAGUGCCUGGCAGUGGGGAUGGUCAAAGAAGUGGUGAGGACGGACGGCCUGAAAGGCAGAAGAGGUCGACUACCAUCCAAACCUAAAUCUCCCCCGGACCCGUCUCUACCGGGCACCGCCCUCCUGAGCGCCCUCGUCCGGGCACACGUGGAGUCCAACCCUGCACCGUCUCGUCUAGACUACUCCAAGUUCCAGGAGAGUCCAGGGAGUCCUCUGCGAGACAACGCUCAGCACGUUUGGCAGUUCUACGACCUCCUGACCAGGUCCAUGGAGGUGAUCCGGGGUUGGGCCCAGAGGGUCCCGGGCUUCACCACGCUCCCCAAGCAUGACCAGGACCUCCUCUUCUACUCCGCCUUCCUGGAGCUGUUUGUGUUACGGCUGUCAUACAGAUCCAGCCCGGAGGAGGGGAAGCUGGUGUUCUGCGACGGCUCCGUGUGGCACCGGCUGCAGUGUCUGCGAGGCUUCGGGGAGUGGAUCGACAGCAUCGUGGAAUUCUCCGCCAACCUGCAGAGGAUGAACCUGGACGUGGCCACCUUCUCCUGCAUUUGCACCCUCGCCCUGGUCACAGAGCGGCACGGUCUGAAGGAGCCCCAGCGGGUGGAGGAGCUGCAGAACGACGUGGUCCGGUGCCUGAAGGACAGCGGGACGUCCAGCCCGGACAGACCCGACGGCCCGGGCUGCAGCCGCCGGCCCGGCCACCUGUCCCGGCUGCUGGAGAAGCUGCCGGAGCUGCGGACGCUGUGCAUCCAGGGCCUGCAGAGGAUCUUCUACCUGAAGCUGGAGGACCUGGUGCCGCCGCCCGCCGUCAUAGAUAAGUUAUUCCUGGACACGCUGCCGUUUUAGAGCCCCGUUUCGCUGUUUUCCACAGACACCAGACUGUUUGACUUCUUCCUUUGGAGGCCCAUCGCUGAUUCCCAACAAGCUGGGAUCUGUGCGCAGCAUAAAAGCUGCUGAAAAACGGAUAUUGAGUCGGUGGACGAUGAAGUUUCCCCGUGAAAUGUCAAAAUGCUCCUUUUUCAUCGUAGGAAUUAUAAGCUGACUGUCAGGUCGAAAU